AUAUAUAUACAAUUCUGCCAGCCUAAUUUUUGAUCUUGCCAUAGAUCUACAGUAGCUGUAACAAGAUAUUGUAGACAUGGAUGAGAUUGUACAACUACUUCAGAAGUUACUUCCCCAGUUGUCAGUAGAUUUGAUUGAGGUAACAAAAGAUAAAUUGAUUGGGAUGGGAGUUGAUAGUGUUGAAGAUCUACAACUUCUUCAAGAGCAAGAUUUGACUGAUGUGCUUAAACCGAUACAAAUAAGAAAAUUAUUGCGGCAUUGUGGGGCAGCAAAAGCCUCUGUUGCACAAAUAACUAUGCCUGCAUUGCCCUCCUGGAAGGACACUUCAAACACGACACCAGUGAAUAGUAACACCAGUUCACUUAAUUCACCAUGUUCCGGACGAAAUACUCCAAUUCAGUUUGAUGAUAUUGAUAUCCAAUCAGAUAAUGAUAGUGCAUCUGGAGGGAAGACAAGUAACUACUGGAUCAAUAAUUUCCAAAUACCCUGGAAUAAAUUUCCUAAAUCUUUGCUCGAUGCCUGUACCAGUAAGGUACGACCAACACCGCGUGAUAGACGUGAGAUGGUACGAAUAAUAUGUGAUGAUAUUAAAAUGCACACCUCACUUCCUGGAAGAAGAAACCUGGCCCGUAUUGCCGAAAUGAUGGUAUCCAAGUACAAGGAUUCAUUCUGUGACACUAUUGGUGAUACUGUUAUUGGUUCGGGUUACGAAUCGCUGCGAAAACAACUUGAAGAAAAGAUGGCAAACCUAAAUAGAAAAGCUGGCAAAGCUAUUGUAAAGUUGAGUGUUCCAGGAUGA